CGCGCUCUCCAUUUUGCGCUAACAUAAUCACCAGCAGCAGCAGCAGCAGCAGUAAUACAUGUACGAGUUCGAUCCUGUAUUGUAAGAGGCGGUGAAUGUUUACAGGUUCUGUCAGCACCCGUAGAUGCGCUUUAGAUGCGUGAUAUUGUUACGACGACGACAACAACAACAUGAGUGUGAACGCGUUUAGCAAUCUUUUCGGAUGCGGACGGGCGGCUGUGAUAGGAAUGAUCCACGUCAAAGCUCUUCCAGGCAGUCCUAGAUUCGACAUGAGUAUGGAGAAGAUCGUGUCUGCUGCCAAGCGUGAAGCCGAGAUGUAUUUAGAUGCUAAAGUGGACGGCGUUUGCAUUGAGAACAUGCACGACGUUCCUUAUCUUCACUCCGAUCGUGUCGGACCGGAGACCGUGGCAGCGAUGACUCGUGUUGCCGCCACCGUGCGCGCUGCCGCACCCUCCCUCCCGCUAGGAGUGCAGAUACUAGCGGCAGCUAACACACAGGCGAUGGCCGUCGCUCGCGCAGCAGGUACAGCGAGAGAAUGUGUCCACGUGUCGCGUCGCAGGGUGCCGCGCGCUGUCACGCCAACGCCGCAUUGUCAUAGCUACGCUAACAUGCAGUUGUAAACGACAGCAGCAGCUGCAUGCUACGU